AUGAAAUUCAAAAAAAACACAACCACAACUCUACUAUCAUCCUUAUUGCUCUUUACGCCAACCAUUUUGGUAAAUGCUUUGCAUAUCCCUCAAGAACAAGGUAUUUUCAACGCUAAUCACCAACAACAACAUGAAUCCUUUCUACAAACUGCUCUAGAAAAAAUUGGCUUAUCAUACAAAGAUAUCCCAUCUGACUUAAAAGAUGUUUAUCACGAUAUCGCUAUGAGAUUUCCUACAGAAUUAUCUCAGCUACAAUUGACUACCAGCCCAAAAAAGGUUCGUCUCAAUAAGAAAAAAACAGCUGAUGUUGUUGUCACAAAUGAAAAGUUAAGCAACUAUCAAUUAAGAGUUAAUUCUAUCAGAAAUCCAUCUAAGCUAGGUAUCGACCCAGGUGUCAAACAAUACACUGGUUACUUGGAUAUUGAAGAUGAAGAUAAACAUUUCUUUUACUGGUUUUUUGAAAGUAGAAACGAUCCUAAAAAUGACCCUGUUAUUUUAUGGUUAAAUGGUGGUCCAGGCUGCUCAUCUUUGACCGGAUUGUUUUUCGAAUUAGGCCCAUCUUCCAUCGGAGUUGAUUUGAAACCAAUUUACAACCCCUACUCUUGGAACAAUAACGCAUCAGUCAUCUUUUUGGACCAACCAGUUAACGUUGGUUAUUCUUACUCUUCCGGCUCAGUUUCUGACACUGUAGCUGCGGGCAAGGAUGUUUAUGCAUUUUUGGAAUUGUUUUUCCAAAAUUUUGAUCAGUUUGCUUCUAAUAAAUUCCACAUUGCAGGUGAAUCCUAUGCUGGCCAUUAUAUUCCCAUCUUUGCAAGUGAAAUUUUAGCUCAUCCGGAAAGGACUUUUACUUUAGAUUCAGUUCUUAUCGGUAACGGUUUGACUGAUCCCUUGACUCAAUAUAGUUAUUACGAACCAAUGGCUUGUGGUGUAGGUAGUGGUGAAGAUUCUGUGUUGGAGCCUGAGGAAUGUGAGGGUAUGCUGGAUUCUUUACCUCGUUGCUUGAGUAUGAUUGAAUCUUGUUAUGACUUCCAAUCAGCCUGGACUUGUGUUCCAGCUUCCAUCUAUUGUAAUAAUGCUCAAAUGGGACCAUAUCAAAAAACGGGCAGAAACGUUUAUGAUAUCAGAAAACAAUGUGAGGGUGAGUUAUGUUACAAAGAUAUGGAAAAUAUCGAUAAAUAUUUAAAUCUGAAUGAGGUGAAGGAAGCCGUGGGUGCUGAUGUUGAAGAGUACGAAUCUUGUAAUUUUGAUGUGAACAGAAACUUUUUGUUUAACGGUGAUUGGAUGAAACCUUAUCAUGAAGCUGUUCAAGAUCUAUUAGACCAAGGGUUGCCAGUUUUGAUUUAUGCAGGUGACAAGGACUUUAUUUGCAAUUGGCUAGGUAACCAGGCUUGGACCGACGCUUUGCCAUGGAAACACCACGAUGAAUUUGCACAACAGCCUAUUGUUGACUGGAUUGUUGAUGGUGAUGUUGCUGGUGAAUUGAAACAUUACAAGAAUUUCAAUUAUCUAAGAGUUUACGGGGGUGGUCAUAUGGUUCCAUAUGAUGUUCCAUUAAGUGCUAUUACCAUGGUUAAUAAGUGGAUUCACGAGGAUUAUCAAUUGUUGAAAAAUGAAAAAUGA